AUGGACUUGGAUAUGGAUAUGUGUAUGAUAUUGUAUAUAUACGCAGACGGAGACGCAGAGAUGGCAUUAUUCGACAUCUCUUUCAUCUUUCGAUACGCAAAACCAAACCCAGCGACCUGGUUACCCCGUCACCUUCCACUGCUGCCUAGUUCCUACUUCCUUGUUCCUCUCUCACUCACACGUGGCAGCGUAUCGACAGCGUGGGGGAUCUAG